AUGGUAGAGACUUCACUUGUAUUGGUUUACUACAAUUGUUCAAUCACUGCCAGUGAAGAGACAAUUAUAUUUUUGUCAGAGGAUCAAUCAUAUUUUUAUGUCGAAGACGACAUCUCUUAUGAAAAUUUACAGAGAUCCAUUGAAGAAAGCAUUGAGACUGCUGACAACCAAGGAGUUUUAUGUAUCAAAUACCGGCUCACAAUUUCUUUAGGAUCAGGUAAGAUUUACUAUUGGUCAUUCAAAUUUCGUAAUGACCAAGAUGUUCGGAUGAUGUUCGACUGCCAUAAAAGAAAUCCAGAUAUUGGCAUUAUUGAAUUGUACGUGGAGUUCAGCGCUGCAGCUUUCGAGGGUGCUCCUUCCCAACAACAAACCGCCCUAGAUAACGAACGCAAUAUGAGACGGGAGAGGAUUUCAUCAGCAUGCCAAGUUAAUGAACCUGAAUGGCUCUCUACGGAGUGGAGGGCACUAGAUGAUCCACCACCCAAUAUUUAUUUUACUAAUUUACAACAUCUACAAGGUGGAACAAGUUCUUUUCAUGAUACUCAUGAAACCGAAUUCGGUCAGUAUGGGCGAUCCAGUGGAGACGAUGAGGACGACGGUGGUGACAGCUUUGGGGAAGACACUGAAGCAAGUAUUGAUGACAUUCAGUUAGAAAAAUACAAUCUCGAAGAUGUUCCAAUGCCCGGCCAUAAUUUCACGAUGGCACCAAUGGAGCCUCCAACACAUAUGAGGGCCCUUGAUUUGGAAGCAAUGUCCGCACAAGAAUUCCGGGAGUACCCUUUAUUGUAUGCCGACACAUUAAGCGGAGCAACGACAGAUGGAGAUCUGCAUGUAGGCAUGAGGUUUCGAAGAAAAGAUGAUGCUGUGACCGCAAUUAAGCAUUACUGCUUACUUAAAUCUGUCGAAUAUAAAGUUAUCGAGCCUGAUCCGACUCGAUUCUCCGGUAAAUAUAAGUCAUAUGGUGAUGGGUGCAAUUGGAGGGUUCACACAUCCUACAGCAAGCAGAGACAACUUUGGGAAAUUACAAAGUAUAUUGGGUUUCACACGUGUUCAUCAGCAAUGAUCUCGCAGGAUCAUUCGAAGCUGGAUUCAAACAAGAUUUGUUGCCAAAUACAAGCACUAGUCCAACAACAGCCAAGCAUAAAUGUAUUGGUUUUAAUAGCGAAGAUCAAGAAUCGAUACGGAUACAUACCGACACAUAGGAAAGUAUGGACAGCUAAGCAAAAAGCGGUUGAAGCAGCAUUUGGCAAUUGGGAGAACUCCUACAACGAAUUACCAAGAUGGCUAUUAGCGUUGCAACAGUUUGUUGUAGGGACAAUAGUUGAUCUUGAGACCCAGCCGGCAUAG